AUGGCUGGUGACCCUGCAUCCGCCAGUGAGCCCAUCGCCAUUGUGGGAAGUUCCUGUCGAUUCCCCGGCGAUGCGACAACGCCUUCCAAGUUAUGGGAGCUGCUCCGAGAACCUCGCGAUGUUCUGACUGAAAUCCCCGAAAGUCGAUUCAACACCAAGGCAUUCUACCACCCCGAUGGUCUCCAUCAUGGUACGACCAACGUCCGCCACUCUUAUCUACUCUCCGAUGAUCACCGGUUGUUCGACGCCCAGUUCUUUGGAACGAAGCCAGUGGAAGCAAACUCGAUUGAUCCACAGCAACGGCUAUUAUUGGAAACCGUCUACGAGGGCUUGGAGUCGGCAGGGAUUCCCAUGGAGCGACUGCAGGGAUCCAAUACCGGAGUGUACGUCGGAUUGAUGACCAACGACUAUGCAGACCUCCUGGGCCGCGAUAUCCAGAACUUCCCUACCUACUUUGCCUCGGGGACGGCUCGCAGUAUUCUGUCCAACCGCAUUUCCUACUUCUUUGACUGGCAUGGUCCGUCCAUGACGAUCGACACGGCCUGCUCUUCUAGUCUGAUUGCAUUGCACCAGGCUGUGCAGAGUCUUCGAUGUGGUGAGACAGCCGUGGCCGUGGCGGCAGGGACAAAUCUCUUGCUGGGGCCGGAACAAUAUGUCGCAGAGAGUAAACUGAAGAUGCUCUCGCCGACGGGUCGUUCGCGCAUGUGGGAUAAGGACGCAAAUGGCUACGCUCGCGGUGACGGCAUCGCCGCGGUAGUCCUCAAACCUCUGAGUGCUGCGUUGGCCGAUGGCGAUCAUGUCGAAUGUCUCAUCCGAGAGACUGGCACCAACCAAGAUGGCCGCACCAAGGGAAUCACCAUGCCGAACCCAGUGGCGCAGGCAGACCUGAUUCGAACGACAUACGCCAAGGCUGGACUUGAUCUGUCCAACCCGACUGACCGGCCACAGUAUUUUGAGGCACACGGAACAGGGACCCCUGCCGGAGAUCCGGUCGAAGCUGAAGCCAUCAGCGCUGCAUUCUUUGGGCCGACGGCCAAAUAUCACCGCCAGAUCGACCGAGAGCCACCGUUGUAUGUGGGGUCAAUAAAGACCGUGAUCGGGCAUACCGAGGGUACAGCGGGUCUGGCGGCGGUGCUGAAAGCAUCCCUGGCCCUCCAACACGGAGUCAUCCCUCCCAACCUUCUUUUGAACGAGUUGAGCCCGACGGUACGACCUUUCUACAAUGACCUCGAGAUUGCCAAAGUUGCAAAGGAAUGGCCUCAGCUGCAGAAAGGCACGCCCCGUCGAGCAAGUGUGAAUAGCUUUGGCUUUGGUGGUGCCAAUGCGCAUGCCAUUCUGGAGGCAUUUGAGGCCGACACGCAAGACACUCGGAGGAUUAGCCGGACGACAGGAAUCUUUUCGCCAUUCAACUUCUCGGCAGCUUCCGAAAAGUCUCUUCUUGCCAAUAUUGCGACCUAUUCGGCGUACCUGAGAACCCAAGUUGACACGAGUCUACAUGACCUGGCAUGGACGUUGAACUGCCGACGGUCCACGUUGCCAGUUCGCUUGUCAAUCUCUGCAUCGAGCGUGGAAGAACUGGUAACGAAGCUGGAUCAAGCUACGGAGUCAUCCGCUGGAAUUGCAUUGGCAACACAAACCUCAAGCGUGAGACAGCCCAGGUUGCUGGGGGUUUUCACAGGACAAGGCGCGCAGUGGGCUCGAAUGGGUGCAGAGCUGCUGGUCAGCUCAUCUUUGGCCACCGAGUGUAUUGCCCGACUCGACGCCUCACUACAAGCAUUACCUGAAGAGCACCGUCCUCUGUGGUUUCUUAGAGAAGAGAUCCUGAAAGACGCGAGCACAUCACGUAUUGGACAGGCCGCUUUCUCACAGCCACUAUGCACGGCCAUUCAGAUCCUGCUGGUUGAGCUUCUCCGGGCAGCCAAUAUCCAUUUCACCGCCGUCGUCGGCCACUCCUCGGGGGAGAUUGCUGCUGCCUACGCGGCAGGUUACCUGAGUGCCAAGGAUGCUAUCCGUAUCGCGUACUAUCGUGGAUGGUCACUGCAGUAUGCCAAUGACCAAGGAGUCAAGGGCGCAAUGAUGGCCGUCGGCACGUCCUUUGAUGAUGCUAAAGAGCUCUGCCAGAUGGGCUCGCUCGAAAACCGCAUUUGUGUUGCCGCCAGUAACUCGUCUGCCAGUGUUACCCUCUCGGGUGAUGCGGAUGCUAUCGAGGAAGCUAAGGAGAUUUUCGAGGACGAGAAAAAGUUUGCCAGAUUGCUCAAGGUGGACAAGGCAUAUCACUCGCAUCAUAUGAUUCCUUGCUCAGCACCGUACAUUGAUGCUAUCCGGAAAUGUGGUGUGAAAGUUCAGCCUCGAACGGACGACAGUCCGACCUGGAUAUCUAGCGUAUACAGCGAGGACAUCGAGAAUGUCAAUGAUAGCCUCACUGAUACAUACUGGAGCAACAACAUGGUCAAUCCAGUCUUGUUCUCUCAGGCUGUCGCGUAUGCAGUUGGCGCGGCAGGGCCCUUUGAUAUGACCAUCGAAGUUGGGCCUCAUCCAGCACUAAAAGGACCUGCAAUUCAAACCAUUGAAGAGGUUGCGGGUAACACGUUGCCCUAUUCCGGGACCUUGAAUCGUGGAAAGAAUGACAGAGAGGCCUUUGCAUCCGCUCUCGGAUCCCUAUGGAUUUCACUCGGAGAGGACGUGGUUGACUUUGCAGGAUUCGAAACAAAGGCAGCCCAAAGCAUCGAGAGGCCUAUGCUUCUGAAAGGUCUUCCAUCAUAUUCAUGGGAUCACGACCGUAUUUACUGGCAUGAAUCACGCACCUCAACAACGUUUCGAACCGGACAUGAAAAAUUCCACUCACUUCUUGGUGUCAAGUGUCCAGAUGGAACCGACAAGGAAUUGCGCUGGCGCAACUACCUUCAUCCUCGCGAGGUAUCCUGGCUGGCACACCAUCAAGUACAAGGACAGAUGGUAUUCCCGGCUGCAGGGUACAUCUCGGCUGCAGUUGAGGCAAUUGUCCAACAUUAUGGAUUGGAAUCGGUGCAACUGAUCGAUUUUCAUGAUGUGAUCAUUGGACAGGCACUAGUCCUCGAAGAAAACGCUGGAGUGGAGACAGUUUUUGCUCUCUCGAUUACCCAAAGCGACGCGGACCGCGUGAAGGCGACGUUCGCCUGCCACUCCAACGCCAAUAAAGGCUCAUCCUCUAUGUCGCUUCAUGCAUCUGCUCACAUCGUGAUUCUGCUCGGAACCCAUAAGCACGAUGCUCUCCCACCACGUUCUGGAGACCAGGGUCCAUUCCUCGAGCUCGAGACGGACAGAUUCUACAAUACUGUCUCCGAGAUUGGGUUUGGGUAUACCGGGCCAUUCCAGGCGCUAUCUGGCUUAAGCAGAAAGAUGGAUGAAGCAGCCGGCAUGAUUACUGUCCCCAAAGUGGAGGACAGCGAGAAGCCCCUUAUUGUUCACCCUGGGUCGCUGGAUGGGGCUAUUCAGUCAAUUAUGCUCGCCUACUGCUUCCCCGGGGAUGGUCGCCUGCGCACACUUUAUCUUCCAACUCGAAUCGAUCGGCUGCGCAUCAACCCAUCGAGCUGUGUUGCGCUAGCGGGGCCGGGUAGCUCCCUUCCUUUCUACUCGUCGGUGGCAGAGGCUCAGUUUGCAGAGCUAUCCGGAGAUGUAGAUCUUUACUCUGCAGAUGGGCGAUAUACUCUCGUUCAAUUACAAGGGCUUCACACCACUCCUCUGAGCCCACUGACACCCGCCGAUGAUGUCCUGUUAUUUACAGAAAUAACAUGGGGCCCAGAAGAACCAACUGGGGGACAGAUCGUCUCUACCGAGGGCUGGCAUCCAGGAAUCUGCACAUUGUCUUUGGAUCUGGAACGCGUUGCGCACUUUUAUCUCAAGACUCUUGAUAGGUCUUUUCAGAACCUCGAACACUCGAAAGUUUCCUGGUACCAUGCCCAUCAGCUGUCUUAUAUCAAACACUGCGUGUCCUCGGUUGCUUCGGGCGCGCAUCCAUUUGCAAGCGCAGACUGGGUGGGAGAUACUCUUGAGGAUAUCACUCAGAUUGUUAGCAGGUACCCUGAUAACAUCGACAUGAAAAUCAUGCGUGCCGUGAGUGAAAGACUUCCUGCGGUCAUUCAAGGCGAGGAAAACAUGCUGGAAAUUUUGAUGCGGGACAACAUGCUGAGCAAAUUCUACGCCGAAAUGGCUGGCAUCCAACCCUACAUAAGAGAGCUCGCACGGACGGCUGGUCAGAUUAGCCAUCGAUACCCGCACAUCAACCUUUUGGAGAUUGGUAAGCCUGUGCAUCUGCCUGCAACUGGCUUGUCUAUACUAAUUGUCCUGAUUCAAGGUGCUGGUAGUGGAGCGACAUCUGAACAAGUCCUUAGUAGAAUGGACAAAGCCUUUGCCUCCUACACUUACACCGAUAUCGUGGAUACUCAGUUCGACGAAUUGCAGGACAAGUUCCAACAAUACCAGUCCAGAAUGGCAUUCAAAGUACUGGACAUCGAAAAAGACAUCGCCGAUCAAGGAUUUCCAGAUGAGUCGUUUGAUGUUGUCAUUGCGUCCCUGGCACUAUACGCUACCAAGAAUCUCGAGACAACACUUUCCCAUGUCCGCCGCUUGCUGAAGCCCGGUGGGUAUUUGAUUUUGCUUGAAUUGACCGAUCCCAAUGUCAUGCGCUUCGGAUUGACCCUAGGUGGCUUACCUGGGUGGUGGUUGGGGUAUGAUGAGGGACGAAUGCUGUCUCCCUGUGUGUCAACAGACCACUGGGACGCCUUGAUGAAAAAGACUGGGUUCUCUGGAAUUGAUGCACUCACACCACAUCAUUCAACAUUCCCUUUGCCUUUUUCCAUCAUGACAACGCAAGCCGUCGACACCCGCAUAGCCUUCUUGCGCGACCCUUUAGCGGACAGCCAGCAAGUGUUGGGUGUCGACUCAUUGACAAUCAUUGGUGGCAGGACCAUCUUGACUGCCAGGAUGGCCAAGGAGAUCGAAAACACCGUCAGCCAUCACUAUGUCAAAACCAAAACUGUGGCCUCUCUUACCGAUCUUGCUUUGGCAGAGCUGCCAGUGAUGGGGACUGUUGUCAGUCUGGUGGAGCUGGAUGAGCCUGCCUUGAAAUCCAUUACUCCUGUAAAGUUGAAAGCCUUCCAAGAGUUGUUCAAGCAAAGCAAAAAUAUUCUCUGGCUGGGACAUGGUGCCCAAGGGGAUAAUCCAUACGGAAACAUGUUUACCGGUGUCUACCGAACCCUCGUUUGUGAAAUGGCCCACCUGCGCGUGCAGUUCCUCAACUUCUACACCCUGGUUGACGCCGAUGCGCAGACUGUGGUAAGGCGACUGCUCCAUCUUGAAAUUACGGAUAUUUGGGAACAAGGGGGGCAGCUCAACGAGAUACUCUGGUACAAUGAGCCUGAGGUAUCGCUGCAGGAUGGCAAAGCCCUGGUUCCUCGCUUCCGACUGAACUCCCAGCGGAAUGACCGAUAUAACUCCGCCAGGCGACUCAUUGUGAAGGAUGUCGAGCGCGACCGGUCGACCGUGAUGAUUCGGCGGCUGGGCCCUGGAUAUCAAAUUGAAGAGAAAGCUUCACUGGGUUCAGCGACUUACUCUGACCAUACUGAAGUUCAAGUCACAAAGUCCCUCCUUCGUUCCGUAAAGGUCACCGAAACAGAGAAUUUGUUCUUGGUGGUUGGAAUUGAUCCCCAAACCAAUGAUUGCGUGAUUGCUCUUUCGGAGACGAUGGAGUCUCGAGUCAAAAUUCCGCACAGCUGGCUGGUGCGAUGCGGUGCGUCACACGAACAAGGCGUUCGGUUGAUGCUUGGGCUUUACACCCACUUCCUGGCUCAAUCCAUGGUCAACACGGUGCCUCCUGGUAAGGUCUUGGCUGUGUUGGACCCAGACUUCUCUCUGGUUCCCAUUUUGACAAGAAGUGCAACCGAAAAAGGUGUGCAGCUGGUACUCCUGACCUCCAAAGAAGGUCAAUCUUCGUGGCCAUGGGUAUAUAUUCAUCGUCAUUCAACCAGACGCGAGCUACUGAGCAAACUCCCUCGCAACAUCACUCGGUUUGUCGAUGUCGGGCGGAAUGAUGAUGUGGCAGCGGUUCUCAAGCAGUGUUUACCAUCCAACUGCGAGAUAGACAACGAACAGACCCUCACUUCAGAGACCUCUCAGUCAAUGUACCCCUCGGACACCAGCCGCGUGGCAGCACAACUUCAACUGGCGUGGAUGAGAACUCAGGGCGACUUUGGGCCCACCAACAUGCGCAGAUUCCCGACUUUGGGUCUCCAUGACCUGAUUCAGAGCCCAAGUUCCUCGACCAGUCAAUCGCUUCUUUCGUUCGAUCAUGAAAGGCUCCCUGUGCAGGUUCUCCCGGCAACCAAGCAGGUAAAAUUCAGCAAAGACAAGACAUACUGGCUGGUUGGGUUAACAGGCGGACUUGGUCUAUCCUUAUGCCAAUGGAUGGCCCGCCAGGGGGCCCGAUAUAUCGCCCUUUCCAGUCGGAAUCCCAAAAUUGACGACGGAUGGCUUCAGCAAAUGGCUGCAGAUGGUUGCACUGUUCGAAUCUUUUCUAACGACAUCACAAAUCGUGAUUCCGUUCACGCCACCUAUCGCCAAAUCUGUGAGACCAUGCCUCCCGUCGCUGGAGUGGCCCAAGGAGCCAUGGUUCUUCAAGACACCAUGUUCCUUGACCUCGAUCUGCCUCGCCUUGAGAAGGUUCUUCGCCCGAAAGUGGAGGGCAGUCUUCUCCUGGAUGAACUCUUCUCGGAAAACACACUAGACUUUCUCAUCUUUUUUUCUUCCAUGGCAGCGAUGACAGGCAACCCAGGACAGGUUGCGUACAAUGCGGCAAACAUGUUCAUGAUGAGCUUGGCUGCUCAACGACGAAAGCGUGGUUUGGCUGGACACGCAAUUAACAUCGGAGCCAUUGUUGGGAAUGGGUAUGUGACCAGGGAGCUUAACAUGGGUCAACAGUCAUACCUCUAUCGCGUGGGACAUUCAUGGAUGUCUGAGCAAGAUUUCCACGAAGUCUUUGCCGAGGGCGUUCUGUCAUGCAUCGAAAGGACAGGCAGUGCUGAGUUGUGCAGUGGAUUGAGAAUUGACGAGGAUGAGACCAAAAACUGGGUUUCAAAUCCCAUGUUCCAGCAUCUGGUGAUCAAAUCCAGCAGUCUCAUUGCGGGAGACAAGAAGAACAAAACAGGCGUCAUGGUCAAGGCCCGAUUGUUGGAUGCCACCUCGCUCGACGAGGUUAUGGAGACCCUGCAAGAUGGUUUUGUCCAGAAACUGCAGUCUGCGCUGCAGGCUGACCCCAGCAAGCCUAUGCUGGAUAUGAGUCCCGAUGAACUCGGCGUCGAUUCACUAGUUGCGGUUGACCUCCGUUCCUGGUUUCUCAAAGAGCUGGGGGUCGACUUGCCAGUGUUGAAGAUCUUUAACGCUGCCUCCAUUCGUGACUUACUUGUUUCAGCUACCGAGCUCCUACCGCAGACGUUGACGCCCAAUGUAAAGACGGGAAAUCAGCCUUCAACAGAGCCUCUCACCGUGUCUCAACCCGCUCGACCUGCCUUGGCCACCGAAUCCACCAGCGCCGACGAAGAAGAAACCAGUCCAGUUACUAAGGACGGAAUCGAGACUCUCAGAAUGGGCUUCCUCGAGUCAGCCAAUGCUUACAGUGGAAGCUCUGCGACAUCACUGAAAGCUGGUGAUUCUAACUCGGAAGAGAACGAUGAUUCUGCCACAUCUAUUUCGACUGAUGGUUCUAUCACGGUGCCCCUUAAACGCAAUGUUCAGAAGACACUUCCAAUGUCGUUUGGACAAUCACGUUUCUGGUUUCUCAAGUUCUUUGUGGAGGACAAAACUGCAUUCAACAUCACCCCGACAUUUAAGUUGACAGGCCGGUUGAGGAUCGAUGACUUUGCUCGAGCGGUCGAAGCUGCGGGUCAGCGACAUGAGGCCCUGCGAACCUUCUUUUUCACCGAUGAACACAAGAAGCAUAAGCAAGGUGUUUGGACGAAUUCGGUGUUACGGCUGGAACAUAUCACCGUUGUUGACGAAAAGGAGGUUGAGGAGGCCGCAAGAAAAAUGAAAGGCCAUGUGUUCGACCUUGCGCAGGGAGAGAUUAUUCGCAUACAACUACUUUCCUUGAACCCAGAGCAACAUUGGAUGAUCAUCGGCUUUCAUCAUAUCAACAUGGAUGGAAUGAGUUUUGAAGUCUUGUGGUCUGAUAUUGAAAAGAUCUAUCAGGGGGCCCCGCUGCCGCAAGAUGUCCUACAAUAUCCGGAGUUCACUUUGAGACAGAUUCGUGAGUACGAAGAAAAUGCCUGGGCAAUCGACUUGGCCUACUGGCGGAAGCAAUUUGCGGAGCUGCCGCCUGUAAUUCCCUUGCUGCCAUUUUCCCUGCAAGCUACGCGUCCAAAUGUCUCCCAAUUUGGUGCCCAUAUAGCACAUGUCCGGCUUGAUCGCGAUACAUACGAGUCUAUUGAGCGGUGUUGUCGAAUGUUCAAGUCGACACCCUUCCACUUCCAUCUUGCAGCCUGGGCGGUUCUUCUUCUGCGGUACUUGGAUCUCGAAAAUGUGUGCAUCGGCCUUGGGGAUGGGAACCGCACAAAUGCAGAUGUUCUCAAUAGUGUCGGGCUCUUCUUGAAUCUUUUGCCUCUUAGAUUCCAUCGCCGAUCUGGGCAGUCAUUCAGCGAGGCUUUGAAGGAGACGCGUGCCCUGGCGCAAAAUGCAUUCGCCCACUCCCGCGUGCCAUUCGACGUUUUGCUGACAGAGCUGAAUGUUCCACGGUCUGCGUCACAUAACCCACUGUUUCAGACUUUUUUCAACUAUCGCCAGAGAGUGCAGGAAUCGCGCGACUUCUGUGGUUGUGUGGCUCAGGGUUCACUAUUGAGCAGCGGUGAGACUUCAUAUGACCUCAGUCUGGACGUCGUCGACAUUGGGAGCGGAGAGAGACUGGUUUUCUUGUUGGCCCAGAAAGAUUUGUAUGCCAUGGAGCAUGCCGAGAUUCUCUUGAAUAGCUACUGCAAUCUCCUUCGGUCCUUCGCCCAAAACCCUGCAACGCGGGUAGCCUGGCCUGCUCUGCAUUCGAAGAAAGACACUGAGGAGGCGGUGGAGAUUGGCCGAGGGCCACGCCUAGAACACCAGUGGUCGGAGACUGUGGUGCACCGCGUGGAUGACAUUGCCCGUAUCUAUCAUGACCGAUUGGCUCUCAAGGAGGAGGGCGGGACUGCAUUCACCUUUUCCCAGAUGCAGAGUCAAGUCAAUGUGAUCGCGAACGAGCUUCUUAACAAUGGAGUCGGAUCUGCUACACGAGUUGGGGUUCUUCAAUCCCCCAGUGCAAACUGGAUCUGCUCCUUGAUGGCGAUUCUGCGGGUUGGAGGCACCUAUAUUCCUUUGGACAAGAAGGUCGGAACAGAGCGGCUGGCUAUGAUCGCCAAGGACUCGCAACCUCAAGUUAUUUUGACUGAUUCUACAACGCUAUUCGACUUCACCCUUCUUCACAGCAGCGCUGAGUCAAUCGAUGUCUCGAGCCUGUGUGGUUCGACCGCUAGCUCUGUUCCAAAUGUGGCAAAUCCCGCCCAGGCGGCUGUGAUUAUGUAUACCAGCGGAUCGACCGGGGUUCCAAAAGGGAUGAUGAUCAGUCAUUCAGCAUAUCUACAUCACGCCCAAGCAUUCAGUACUACAUGGGACGUCCGCCAGGGAGAAGACGUUAUCCUGCAUCAAUCUUCCUACGCAUGGGAUAUGUCACUCUACCAGCUCUUGAUCUCACUGUGCAAUGGUGGCACAUUGGUCAUUGCUUCUGCGUCUACGCGUGGUGAUCCCGUCGCCAUCACGGACCUCAUUCUUUCCGAAAAAGUGACUUGCACAUUCGCUACCCCAACCGAAUAUCUGGGGUGGAUCCGCCAUGGACGCUCAACGCUAAAGCAGUCUCUGUUGCAAACCGCAGUCUGUGGAGGGGAGUUCUUGUCAGGGGGUCUGAUCCGAGAAUUUCGAUCCCUGGAUAAACCGAAGCUGAAAGUGAUCAACGUCUACGGGCCGGCCGAAUCAACCUUGGCUUGCAGCAGUGGAGCUGUUCCAAUAGAUGAGGCCUCUGAACCUGAUUCACUGUGUCUAUACACACUUCCACACUACUCGGUCUACAUUGUCGAUGGAGAUUUGAACCCUUUACCGAUUGGAGUGCCUGGUGAAGUGGUUAUCGGCGGCGCCGGUGUUGCACUGGGAUAUCUUGACCAGGCAAGCACCAAAAAGAGAUUCUUGCCCGAUCGACAUGCAAGCCCAUUCUUUAAAAAACAAGGGUGGUCGAUGAUUCACCGUACUGGUGAUCGAGGCCGAAUUACGCACACCGGUGGUUUGAUAUUGUUAGGCCGCAUCGAGGGAGACAACCAGAUCAAGCUCAGAGGCAUUCGCAUUGAUGUUGAGGAGAUCGAGGCAACAAUCGCUCGUACCUCAGGUGGUAUAAUCACACAAGCCGUGGUCUCCUCCCGCGCGACCUCGGAGCUGACUGACAGCGAUAAAUUCCUCGUUGCCUUUGCGAUCAUUGCUCCCGAGCAGCGCAAUCCAGACCUGCCUGCCUUCCUUGAGCGCCUGGCUCGGGGGUUACCCUUGCCACAGUAUAUGCGCCCGGCAGCAAUCAUUCCCAUCGAGAGUGUUCCACAAAAUACCUCUGGGAAGAUCGAUCGCUUUGCCGUUGGUCAGCUGUCGAUCCCACAGGCCCCAUCUGAGGAGGCUACUGAUGAGACGCUUACGCCCUUUGAGGAGUCAGUUCGUGGCCUCUGGAAAGAGGCACUACCAAAUGAGAUAGCGAAUUGCUUCUCCAUUGGGGCACAGUCGGAUUUCUUCCACGUUGGAGGAAGCUCGCUGUCUUUGGUCAACCUGCAGGCCUUGAUCAAGGAUCGUCUUGGCUUAACAGUGGCCGUGCACCGGCUUUUUGAGGCAAGCAGCCUGCGUGGCAUGGCGGCUCAAAUCCAGAAUGUUUCAUCUGGUCCUGUAAGGCCUGUGGAUUGGGAGGAAGAGGUGGAGCCUGCCCCUAAUUUCUCCCCUACGCCGCUUGGAAUUGACGCCUCCACGAUGCCAUCGGGUGCUGGGGUGGUGGUGCUCACCGGGGCCACCGGGUUCGUGGGCAAAGAAGUGCUACGACAACUCGUGGAAGAUGAGCGGGUGACAACCGUUCACUGCCUUGCAGUCAGACAACGCCAUGUUCCGCUGCCUGCGAUUUUCUCGGACCCAAAAGUUUCUGUUCACCAGGGCAAUCUGGGAGCUCCCCGGUUAGGGCUUUCGGAAUCGGCUGCAAUCACUGUCUUUUCCAACGCCGAUGUUAUCAUCCACAAUGGCGCCAAUGUGUCCUUUAUGAAAAGCUAUCAAUCUCUCAAGCUGGUGAAUGUGGCUUCCACAGAAGAGCUGAUCAAACUCGCCCUGCCCCGACGGAUUCCAUUCCAUUUCAUUUCCUCCGCUAGUGUCACCCGUCUCGUUGGGCAAGAAUGGUUUGGAGAAGCAUCCGUGGCCCCCUAUCCGCCUCCUUCGGUCCCACAUGACGGGUAUACAGCUGCUAAGUGGGUCAGCGAGGUAUUCCUGGAGCGUGUCAACCAGCGAUUUGGACUCCCCGUGUGGAUCCACCGUCCAUCCAGCGUCAGUGGCGCCAACGCACCCGAGUUGGAUUUGAUGAGCAAUGUGAUGCGUUACACUCAAGAAACCAAGAAGAUCCCGGAUUCCGGAUCGUGGUCAGGCGUCUUUGAUUUCAUUGCUGUGGAGUCGGUGGCCAGCCAGAUCAUCGAGGCCGUACACCUCUCCGGUACUCACGGGGAGGAUGCAAAGGGUGCCCGGUAUCUCUAUGAGUCCGGCGAGAUUCAGAUUGGCCAAGAUGAGGUACAAUCACUGAUGGAAAUCGGGACGGGAGAACAGUUUGAGGUGGUUCCUGUCAAUCAGUGGGUCGACCACGCCGAACAAGCGGGCAUGAGUGCGCUACUAGGGACUUAUCUACGGAGAGCAUCGGAAGGUCAGGCUUUGCUGCCUCGACUGGUGAAAAGCACUACAAGUGACGCACGGGAAUAG